AUGCACGAGCACGAGCUGAUGAAGAAUGCCGUGGUCAAGGGCCAGGUGCUCUUGAUCUGCACCUCCUGCAGCUCCGUGGGCAAUCGGAAGGACACCGGCGUUUGGCUGAGCGAGGUUGCCGUACCGUACUACAUAUUCCGCAAUGGCGGCUACGAUGUGACGCUGUGCAGCCUGGCGGGGGGGGAGAUUCCAGUCGACCAGGCUGGUCUCACGGACGCGGAGAAGGCCCGGCACCCGGAGCUGGGCCGGUUCCUUGCGGAUGAGGCGGCAAUGUUGCAGCUACGCGAGUCGGUGGCCGUGUCAUCUGUCAAGCAGCCCGCCGCCUACGACUGCAUCUUCCUGGCGGGAGGUCAGGGAGCCAUGGGCGACAUGCCGCACAGCUCCGAGCUGGCCACGGUGGUGGGCGAAGCGGCCAUGCACGGUCGCCUGGUGGCUGCGGUUUGCCACGGGCCCGCGGGCCUGCUUGGUGCUAAAGACGCCGACGGCAAGCCGCUCGUGGCAGGAAAGACGAUUGCGUGCUUUAGCCAGGCAGAGGAGGAGAAGACGGGUGCUGCAGGUUCAAUGCCAUUCCAGCUGGAGUCAAAACUUAAGGAGCUUGGGGCCAAUGUUUGCUGCGCGGACAUUAACGAGGAGAACGCCUUGCGCGAUGGCGUCCUGGUUACGGGGCAAAACCAUAACAGCGUCGCACGGGUAGCGAAGAUUGUACUCGAGGCUCUCAGCCUGCAUCCAGCUGGCGCUGAGGACCUGAGCAAAGUUAUCCUGUGGGAAUCACAGGGAGCAUCGGCUGCCUUGAAUCCUAAAAUUAUCGGCGACUCAACGUCACAACUUGAGUUCAGGGAGAGCUCGCAUGCACGUGCGGCGCCGUCGCUGAAGGGCGAACGGGAGAGGGUUAACGCGGGCGACCUCUUACAGACAAGCUCGCGCUCCAGCUGGGAUGAGUGGCUCAAGCACUUUGAUACAAUGGACGAGCUGGCGGAAGACGCUGCCCACUACCAGAUCGAGCUGAACACUGCCGUACGCCAGGAACAAUAUGGAGAUGCUGCUCGUUUUAAGCGCAAGCUGCAGGAAAUUCAGUCAUCAGACACGGUGGCUUCGGUCCAGCGCCAGCUGCAGGAAGCUCUGGCUACGGAACAAUAUGGGGCGGCGGCGGACCUGCGCGACCGGGGGCUUGUCGGUCUGGCGGGUUGGUGGGCGGGCAAGGACGGUCCCGAAGACUUCCAGGGCCACCUGCUGCACGUGAAGCCCGAGUUCGGCCGCUGGACUGGACGCAUUUACAUGGCACGCGACAUCGCCGCUAUGAACGGCUGGCGCGAGAACAAGCUGGUGCAGCUUCUGGACAGGGCAACGGAUCGCAAUGCGGCGCGGGGCACGAGCGCGAGCGGCGGCCUGGGCAGCGGCACGAUCGGCACGCCGAUGCUGGAGGUCUUUGUGCGGCAACAGCAGCAGCAACAGCCCGCCACCGACGGCCAGGGCGUGGCAGCCGCAGCCUGCGAGCAGCAGCAGCAGCAACUGGUGCCGAACCUUUUGGUGCAUCAGGCCGUGGCUCUGCGGCCACCGGCUGCAAAGGCGGCAGGUGGCGGAAAGGAUGCCCGGUCGAAGGGCAGCGAGGGCGCGGACGCGGACGCGACCAAGGGCGGUGCGACGCAGCUGAACCCCGCCAGUGUGGUGCGUCUGAGUAUCCACGUGGCGCGUGAUGGCAGCGCGCGCAUCAGCGUGUUGCCGCCAAAGCCCAUCAAGUCGGAGUUCAGCAGUUGGGAGGAGGAGGAAAUGCGCGCUGCGAUGGCUGCCCUGGCGGGUGAUGGACCGAAGCCGGCGGCGCCGCGAGGGAACGUCGGGUCGCGUCCAUCCGGUGGUGCAGCCGCUCUGGGGUCUGCCAAGCGUCCCAACGACGACGAUGAUGAGGACGGCGAUGAAGACGAUGUCCUGACCGAGCUGACGCGCAUCCCGGCGCAAGUGGCCAUGCAAGGCCGUGACCGUUUUACCUUCACAGUGCUGGAGCAGGAGAUGGGCGAUGCCGCCCGCGCGGUCGCGGUUGCGGCGGCCGGUGUUGACAACGAGCUAAUAGCCUCCAGUGGCAGCAGUGUGGACUUGUCGCGGUGGGCGGCUGUGCCAAUCGAUGAGGAUGACUCCUCCGGCGAUGAUAUCGACACUUCCGCUGAAUCGCAGCGGCGCACUGCUGCGUCGGCGACCUCUGCCGUUACCGUGGACGCGCCGGUGGUGGAGGUUGAGCUACAGUUGCCGGACAUUGGGAAGGCCGGCGUGGGAACUGGAGGGCAAUCCCUCCUGGAUGCCGCGGACGAGGCCGCUGCGGCUGCCAGGGCAGCGGAUGCGGACGACGACGACGAGGAUGACAGAGCGCUGAGUGUGUCGUUCGACAUGUUGUCUACAGGAUACGGCAAGUUAGACGCCGUGGCCACGUCAGUGUCGGACGCGGAGGAGCAGCGCAUUCUGAUUGAGAUUCCAGUGGGGCGGCUCAUCCGGCAGCAGCAGCGGGAAGCGGAAGAGCACCGGCGGUUGUCGGGCGCUGGUGCCGGCACUUCAGCGGCGGCUGGGUCUGAGCAGUCCAAGGACAGGGCCAGCAAGGACACCUUUGACAGGCUGGCUGAGCGGGUGGCGCAAUUGCAGGCUGCUCGCGCCGGACGGCGUGUGCCCCCGGAGCACCUCGCCACCGCCCUGCGCACCCUCGCCCAGCGCCUCGUCAACGGCGAGCUGGCGGCCGACGGCUCCUCCUCUGCUACGGCAACCGUGCCGUCGCCCGCCGCCAUCGCGGCGCAGAAGGCCGCCGCGGCAGCUGCGGCACGCCUCCAAGCCGCCUCCUCGCCUGCCUCCGUGCGCUCUUCCUCAUCCUCUUCCUCCCCCACCUCUUCCCAACUGGGCGCCACUCGCAUCUCCUAUGCACGCAUUCCCACCGACCUGCCUCGCUCCGACCCAUUCUGUGGCCUGUACCUGGGCGCGUUUGGGCCCCACGGCCCUGAGCUCAUCCAGUUGAGUCGUACGAUGCAGGACGGCGAGGAGGUGGUGUGCGCUACCAAGGUGACGGGUGACCCCAACGUGCCUGCGGGCGAGGUGUCGUUCCGCGCCAAGGUGGGCCGUCGCCACCGUCUCGACUCGCGGGACGUGUACCCAGACGAGCUGGGCAUUGUGGCGCGCUACAAAGGGGAGGGGAGGGUCGCCAUGGCGGGAUACAAGAGCCCUCGUUGGGUGGAUGGCGAGCUGCUGGUCUUCGCAGUAGGCGCCUCCCCAGUAACGGGUGGUGCGGAGCUAGGCUUCGUCUGGAGCGUGCCGGGCGAGAAGCGCUUCUUGAUCCUGCUCAACAAGCUCGACCUCAAGGAGUGUGAAAACUUCUCUACUCAUAGGUGCGCCGCCAGGCCGCCGGAGCGUCUCGUGGCUGUCGUGAACCGGGAUGUGGAAGGAGCCGUAUUAGUGGACGCUGCGGCGCGCCGCUUCGACACGAUGACGGCCAGCGACUGCCGGGACGCUUGCGUUAGCACCCCGGGCUGCAACCUGUGGGUGUUCUGCCCCGUGCCGUCAGGGUGUGCGAGUACUCUCACAACACAGCAGUACAACGAUCUGGAAACCUACCGCCAGUGCUGGCUCAAGUACGACAACGCUAGCAAUGCGGAGCGGCCUGCCACGAACAGGCCCCCGUGGCCUCGCGUACUGAACCUGCCUAAUCAGGACACCGGCUGGAUGAGUGGAACGACAGAGCCGGGCGUGCAGGACAGCGCUGGUGUGGACUGGGGAGUCACCUUCUGCACCUGUACCAACUACACGAUGGAGGGCUACCGUUUCCGGGGCGUUUGCGCUUCUUUUGGGGGCGAGUACACCCCGGAGGGCCUGCAGUGCCUUACAAACGCCGACUGUGCGAAUCCCCCGUCUCUCUUCAACGGGACGUUGCUGGACUCCUGCGACGACGUCUUCUCCUGUACCGUGUUGCUGGACACGGAACUGCAGGGCAAGGUUAUUCAGACGGGCACCCGGGUCUUCGUUGGCACGCCCGAGGCCUGCUGCGCGUUAUGUGCUAAGACGCAGUACUGCAACACCUGGAGCUGGUGUGGCGACCCACGGGGCUGUCCGGGUUUGGAACGCUUUCGCGAGUGCGUCCUCAAGUCGGCUGACCCGGAGAACCCGGUGCCCGGGAGGGGCGGCUUUGGCAACAGCACGGGCUGGAUGAGCGGGGUUCGCCUAGCCUGGAUGUCCGUGUAA